AUGACAAAUAACCCGAAGUGAAGUGUUUAUUCCACAUUCUCUGUUGACAAUUAUUUGUUUCUUGGGCGGUGUUGCAUAGCAAAUUCCCUUUGAACGACUGAAGAUGGUGACAGGAACGUACAAAGACAGGACCCUGAACAUCAUCGACACCUUGUUCCAGCAGCUUGUAGCCGUGUUCGUCCUCUUGGUCCUCUGGGAAGUAUUUAAGAACUACAGUUUGAGCAAUGUACAUGCUUGGCAUGUGAUACUGUGCACCAUUGGGAUUGGCCUUUGCAUGGCCGAGGGACUGUUGCUGUUCAACAAAGAAAACUCCUUCUUGAAAGACAUGGACAGAGCUACCAGAGGCACAGUUCACGGCGGUGUGAUGUGUGCAGCCUGCAUCAGUCUCACGAUUGGCAUCGCCUUGAAGAUCGAUCAGAAAGUCCAAGCCAGUAGCAACCAUUUCACGUCCAACCAUUCAAAAAUAGGACUUACGGCCUGGAUCCUAAUUCUCAUCUCUGCCAUCAUUGGUAUCCUGACGGCCAACAUCAGACGUUGCCCUGGUUUGGGCAAGCCGCCUUUGUACAGGAUCAUUCACUUGUUCCUAGGCGUGUCGGCUUAUAUUCUUGGAGUGGUAGCACUGGGUUUUGGACUUAAUUAUCUCGAAUCCCUCACUGGAGCUAACGGCAAAAUAGCCUUGAUGGUGUUCUUGGCUUUGUAUGUUGCGUACAGUCUUUUGGGUCCGAUUAAGUCGUGUUACAAUCACUUCUUUGGAUAGACUCUAUGAGUAGUUUAUUUCUAAUUGUAGAUGCUUGAUUCUUUUUAGCAAAUGGAUCUCUGAGCCAAAUAUAAUAGAGUUUUAAUUAUGUAUAUAUUUGGUUGUAAUAUCUAAAAAAAAAAAAAAUUUAUAAUGUAUAGUGUAAAAAAGAGGUCUACUGUCGUGUUUUCGUGAAUGACGGAUAAAUAAUUAUAAAUUUAUAGACAAUUUAUGUAUUUCUAGGUAUAUUUAUUGUAAAUAAAUAAAUUUUCAGAUAA